CCUAUCCAGUAUCCACUGUCUUCUCUCUUUAUCCACCGCUCUCCCUCCCUCCUUCCUUCUUUCACAUCAGGCGGAGUUUCCAAUCCCCAGCUGAGAGACCUCAUUCUGUGCAGGAAAACACACAGAGAGCUUGUUAGGAAGAGGUGAGGAUGGGCCACAGCUGAGAGAUCUGUGACUUCACUUCACCACUCUAAUAAUCCCAGCAGGACCUGGGAAUAACAGGCAAGAAGCUUCUGUUCAUCUAGCAUCUCCAUGACUAUGCCUGGCGGAGGCUCCUGGAUCAUCACACCAACUUUCUGUCUGUUCACGGCUUGUAGGGUACAAGAUGCCUGUUGCUUACGAAUGAAUGAAUCCAGUGUCUAGUUGACCUGUUCUGUGGACCCUCAGCUUGAUCCAACCACCAGACCCUGUCCUAUCACAUCAAAGACGGGUCAGAGCCACCAGUGGAUAUGCAGAGAAGAUGUAAAUGUCCCGUGUUUCCCCAGUCCAGAGCCUCAUCCUUAUAAUCCCACCCUCCUGAGUAUGCUGCUGGCCGGCCAUGCCUUUCUUGGACUGGUACCUGCGACGUUCACUGGCAACAUGGCUGCUUCUACACAGUUUGGUCCUCAUGUCUCUCUGCUUUCAGCCAGCCACAACAUUUCCCAAAGGUUGCCAUUCCUCCCAGGAGGACGGGUACAAGACUCUGAGGUGCAGCAAUGCCCUGCUCACAGAAGUACCCAAAGACAUUCCCAACGACACUAAUCGCCUGUAUUUAGACUUCAACCAGAUAACCUACCUCCCUUCAGAUGCUUUCCGCAACCUCCCAGUUCUUAUGGAGCUAGAUCUUUCACACAAUUCCUUGGGCCACUUGGAUGUUACUGCUCUCAGGGGUUUGAGCGAUCACUUACUCUCACUAGACCUGUCUUCCAACAAGCUAGUGUCAGUCAACAAGGAGGUCUUUGCUAACUUAAAGGCCAGAACAAACCUUUCUGGCAACCCUUGGAUGUGUGACUGUGACCUUCAGGAAUUGAUCCGCAUGGUUGAAUUGGACCCAAGUUCUUCCAAUGGGAUUGUCUGUGCUAGGUCUGUGCUAGAGGAGCACUCUGGAAAACCCUUCCUGCAAGUGGUUAAAGAUGUGGACCUGUGCAAUGCCUACAAGAGGACCACAGAUGUGGCCAUGCUGGUCACAAUGUUUGGAUGGUUUGCCAUGGUCAUCUCAUACUUGGUAUAUUAUGUACGCCAGAACCAGGAGGAUGCCCGACGCCACCUAGAAUAUCUAAAAUCUCUGCCAAGCAAGCAGAAACAGAAUGAGGAACCCUCCACACUGAGCACUGUGGUUUGACUUUUCAAGUAUGGGUGGAAAUGUUAUUUUUGCUAUUUGCGUACCCUUAAUUUAACACUAAAGCUGGAAAGUGAUCUUAAUGCUGCCAUUUUGGAUUUUCCUAACAUUAUGAAACAAUAUGUACUGUUCUCACAUUUUCUAAUACUUGUACAAAAAAUAUUCUUGCCCUUUAUGUUAGUAGUUAUACCAAUAGACAAAUGACCAAAUGUAAAAUAGAAAAAAAUAUGUAGAGUUAAAGACAUCUUUGUCAUACCACCUAAUAUUUAGGUGGACUUUACCGUGGUACAUGGACUCCCAACACCAAUACACCAAAAUGCUGGAGAUAAAUGUGCAGAAUUAUGUUCAUACACAUCAAGAUGGCACCCCGCCCAUCAAAAUAUUAAAAUUAGGAGGAUCAUAACUGGAUGAAUACCAAAAUCAAGGCCAUAUAGGACAGUUAUCUUGCUCUUUGAGAAGAUUUUGAUCCAUGUUCGAUAAGAUUCUGGGCACCAUAAUAACAUUGGCACAAUGUAUUGUCCAGAGUGUGGUAAAAGAGUUUGGAUUAGGAUUUUUGUAUCUUUAGAGAAAAUGUAGGCCUUGUAGAGUCUGCACAGCCCCCCUUAGUCAUCUCAUACAUUAUUCACCCAUAAAAUGGAGCCUUCUGUAUGUGGAAUUGGUUGGUUUAGAUAUACUUGUACAAUUACCCCUACAUUUUCAAUAACUGUUGGCCAGACAUUCAUUUGGCCAACUGCUAGCUUUCCCAACCUCCCCAUACAUGUGACUGCUCGGCACGGCAGAAUGUUAAUGUAUUUCCUAUAGGAAGAGAGGGGGUAAGCUGCUCUGGUGCCCAAUUAUCUCUCUAAAAACAAUAGGUUCAGGGAGUAAAAAUCCAACAAACCAGACCCUUUUCUCCACUGACAUCAUCUCUCAAUGGAGAGUUGGGAGACUGCCAUACACCUAAGACAAAUUAUUCACAUUUUUGACCAUCAUAACAUCUACGUGACUUCAAAUUAUAGUAGAUUAUGUAUUAGAAUCAAUCUAUAAAAACCUCUGUCUGGGAGAAGAUGUCUCUUUCUGCUUUCUCACCCAAUGACUCCAUCAUUGGGAAAUUCAGAGGGCAAAACUGCGAGUAAAAAAUGUAGUGUGCUCGUCUACUGGAGGUGCCCUUGGUAGGCCACCCCCCACGAUCCCCAUGCAGCACCCGCCAAUCUGUGCCGGGUUGCUGCUCUAGUCUCGGAAACCUCUGAGUUUUUGGGACUGAAGGUGUGACGUCACGCCAUGCCCCCCUUGUGAUGUCACAGCCGUCAAACCCCCUCCCAUAGACAUAAAUAAAGGGGGCGUGGAAUUAUGUCACGUCUCCAGUACCGGAAGCUCAGAGGUUUCCGAGACUAAAGCAUAGAAUGGGGGUGCUGCAUGGGGAUCGCAGGGGGUCCCAGCAGCGUGUCCCCCGCGAUCAGACAUCUUAUCCCCUAUCCUUUGGAUAGGGGAUAAGAUGCCUAUGGCUGGAAUACUACUUUUAGGAACCUACAAGAUAGGCACCUAUAUUUGAUAAGUUCUUUUAAUCAUUUAGGCAUUAUGAGUCCUCAGCUAUCAGCAAGCUAUGGCAUGGUUAAGAGGGUUUUCUGGGUAAAUUUAUUGUUAACUUAUCCUUAGGGUUGACCAAUAACAUCUGAUCAUUCGAGUCCAACGGCAAUCAUCUGCUUGCCAAAGCCACGUCGCCUCCAUACACAUAGAACAGAGCUGAAUAAUAUAGAUCCAAACAUUGUGUAGUGACGGGGAUGAGUUACAUCACCUCAGCUCCCAUUAAAGUAAAUGGGAGAUAAGCUGCAGUAACCCAGCACGGCCACUAUACAAUGUAAGGCGCUGUCUGCUUCUGGCUCUGGAUAACAGCUAAGUCGGGAUUUCUGACCCCAAAAGAAGAUAUUUAUGGCUUAUAAUAAGUAUAGGACAUCAGUAACAAAAGGUCCUGUAAAUUCAGUGCUAUGUUCUCCGAGUCGAUUGCCUCUAACACAUAACUUUACCCCUUCACUCCCCCCAGGUGCCUAUGGCCGCUCAAUGGUCACAUGGCCAGUAUGUUUAAUGGAAAUGUUUUAUGGAAAUCUUUGCACUGAAAAGCUUGACACCAUAUUGUUUCCACAGGAAUGAAUGAUGUCUAUGGCCUUUAUCAUCUUAUUAUACAGAUACGUGUGCCUUUAUAUUUUCUGUCCUUACAGACAGGCAUGCCCGAUAAUGCCACAAAGACAUAAAAAUACAGUACAAAAUUUAUAAUAUUACUAUAAUAUUACCAACCCGGAGCAUCACCCAUAUUUCUUCCUAGGCAGUACUCUCAGCAGACGCCAGGGGUCAAUAUGGCAGCUGCCAUUUUCUCAUUUUUUUCAUAUAUAUAUAUAUAUAUAUAUAUAUAUAUAUAUAUAUAUAUAUAUAAUGCCUUUUUCUUUUCUAACAGAUUUCAUACCCCAAGCGUAACCAAUAGAUUUCCAUUCCAUUUACAUAAUAUUUACAUCUGAGUAUAUGAACUGCGCAUUGUGGAUGGAGAUAUAAAACCUAAGCCUAUAAAACCGAAUUGUAGCCAACAUUUGGGGAUUAAUGGAAAUUUACUACACUCUUUUACCACAGAUCUUUCUUAACCCUUUGUGUAAAGCUUUUUAGAUAAAAACUGGCAGGAUUUAAUAAUUUUUUUUUUUUUUUUACUGAUCAGGGGAAAAGUGAUACUGACCAAAAACUGUGAUGAGACUGUAAAUUAAAAAGCCCCUUUUACUAGGGGAAACUAUAAUGUCUGAGGCCCAAUGUACUAGAUGUAGCAUUCUAAAAUUCCAGCGCUGAUCCUGACCAGAUAAUCUAGAGUUCCAAGACUAUGCUGUAUAGGAGGCCGCCAACCUUGCCUUGACUUAAAGGGGUAUUCCGAGCAAAAUUUUUUUAUCCCCUAUCCAAAGGAUAGGGGAUAAGAUGUCUGAUCGCGGG